UGGAUUAGAGUAUCAGUCUGACUGUGAUGCCAUGUGCCAUGUAUUAACAGAAAUGGGUAGCAUGCCACUUACCAGGUUAUGGUAAUUAGUAAAUAAUUCUGUGCUAAACAAGGGAAAUCUGAUACUUCUGUGUCUAGAUUUAAAUGUUACUGCUCAGGUGUCACUCGCAGCAGAGAAUGAAAGUCUUGGUGUGCUGACAUACUUGAGUUUCCUUAAGUGCCAGAGUGAUGUCAGAGCAAUGGGUGGUCUGAUAGUCAGUCUCUAACACAGCCAUACAGGUUAGACUUGAAGUGCAAUUCAGAGAACCACUGUGACUUUGCACUUCUCUACUGCCUCUCCACUGACCUGCGGUCUUUCAGUUGGUAGAGUGCCUGCAUUAAAGACCACUUCCAUUUCGACGGCUGUCAUGGGAUGAAGGCGAGAUGGAUUGCUCUGCAGAGACACACUGAAGCAGUCAAAGCUACGUGAUCUUUGGCUUUCGAUGGAUCCCUCAGAGAGUGACCGCUGGCCUACAGAGGGGGGCAGCAGCAGAAUUCUAGCCCCUCUGUCAGAGGAACUGGCUUUAAUUACAGGUCUGGACAUUUCUGACCUGAACAUUGACGAUUUGGACUUGUACACUUCCCUCCCAUUUCCGUGCCAACCCCAACCUCAACCCCAACCUCAACCCCAACCCCAACCCCAACCCCAACCCCAACCUCAGCCCUCUGCUCGUCCUCUCUCUGCGUGUGACUCAGCCCCUCAUGCGGUUCCCUGGGAAAUAGCUGGGAGCGUUGCCGCCGAUCAGACCAAAGUGAACGGAAACCCAAACGAGGCAUCGAGAAAGAGUGCCGUGCCCCCUCCUGUGCCCCCCCGGAGACGGGCGGCCAGCACGAAGCUGAACGACAGACGGUUCUCCUGUGAGGUCAGCCACCCUGCACUCAGCAGGUCCAACACCACUUCGCUGAUUCAUAAUCCAUGGACAGUCAAAUUGAUAGAUACACCUGCAGGCAGUAAUGAAAGCCUUGCUGCCUUCUGCUCAUCAAUAUCCAAACUGAGGUCUAAGUACCCCCACACUGACGCAACAGCGAACACGGGGGUGGUUUGGGGUCGUGUGUAUCCCCUAAACCCCUGGCUGUACCAGAAUGUCCAGCUGACUGUCACAGUGUCCACCCCCUGGCUUCCCCAUCCAGUUCCAUUUCCCACAACAGUGAACAAGACUGUGCUGUACCUCAUUGAGGAGAUAUUUCAUCUGGUUGGCGUUUCCCCCAGCACCAGCAGUCAAUACCUUCUCAAGCUGUGUGAUUUCAAUGAGUUCCUCAGGAAUGAGGAAAUUUUAGGAUCGUAUGAAAGCAUUCAGGCCUACCUCAAGUUCAAAAUGGCCGUCCCUGUGAGGCUAGUGCACCACAGCACCUUGGACAGAAUGUUGAGACGAGAUGAUGGGGAUGACACACGGCCAUUUAAUUUGAACCACCUCAUUGACUCGUCUUAUAUAUUCAGCAAAUCAAGAGCGAGGUUGGAAGACAAGCUGAGUAGCUACAGCAGGGAGGUGAACCAGCUGAUGAGGAGCAAGUGUGGUAGCAACAUCAAACAGAUUGUGGAGGUGGUUCGAAACAUCUGCAGUUCGCUGUGCGGUUUAUCAAUCAAAGAAGUAGAAGAUGCCAUUGGACAACUGAAUAGGAUCAAACCCACAAUGCUGAAUCCUGCGGAAAUGUGCGACUGUGAGACCGCCGUUGUCAUGCUCCACCAUGCCCUGGUGAAGUUGCUUCACAUGUUCUUUGACAACUUCAACUCUGACGUGAAAGUUCAGGAAGUCUGCCAAAGCCCACCCACCGCCGAUGUGAUUCAGAACAAUGACAUCCUCCAGGUCGACCUGGUGGCGCUCUACAAGCUCCAGAUCAGCUGGCUGAACAGCUUUGAUUACUUUUGCAUGUCCUGCACACUGACGUACGGCGGGAGCCAGGUGUGUGACGUCGGCGUCUCGGAGAACAUCAGCGUGGCCCGGGCCCUGGACAACAGCAUCCAGUGCAGCAGAACGAUUGUGUUCCCAGUGCCGAUCAGACAGCUGCCCUAUGAGUCCAUGCUCACAUUCCGGCUCUUGGGGUCUAAGCAAGGCAAGGCCCCUGAAUUGUUACGCUGGGCAGUGCUGCCCCUCUACAGUAACAGGACGCUGGUUAGCGGGACCGUUCUGCUCAGCAUGUCCACCCUGGUCGAGCUGACGGACCCUCCGACGCCUGCAGUGUCGGAUGGCCACAGGCAGGCCGCAGGGGUCAUUUUACAGGUGGAGUUUCCGAACACUCAUAGGUGGACGUAUGAGAGACCAAAAGCACUCCCUUCAUCCCUCUUUUUUACACCUCCUUGUGAAGAGCUGCGCCAGAAGCUCACAGGGGUUUCCCAAAAGCAUUGUCUGGCUUUCCUUACAGACAAUGAGAAAUCCUUCCUGUGGGGCAGACGCCACUCAUGCAACGAGGAGAACACCCAACUGCACCUUCUCCUGGGCAGUGCCCCCCAAUGGAAACCAGAAGAGCUAUCGGAGAUCUACUCGGUCCUGGAGCACUGGUCCCUGCGGAGGCCAGAAGAGACCCUCUUUCUUCUCAGUGACAGCUUCCAGGACCAGAACGUUCGCAGGGUUGCGGUGCAGAGCCUGGAGCGGCUUUCGGACACGGAGAUCGAGGAUUACCUGCCGCAGCUGGUGCAGGCUCUGAAGACGGAGUGGGAGCUGGACGGGCCCCUGGUCCUGUACCUGCUGGACCGCUCCCUGCGUAGCGUCCGUGUGGCUCAGCAGCUCUACUGGCUGCUGAAGGACGCCCUGGAGGACGUCCCGUACCGGAGCUGGUUCAGCAAGCUGCGCGCCGCCCUGAAGCACUGCUGCGGUGCGGAGCUGAGGCGGGAGCUGGAGCGCGAGGAGAGCCUGGUCAACCUGCUGACCCACGUGGCCGAGAGGGUCCGCCUGGCCGACAAGACCAAGCGAAAGGAGGUGCUGCAGAGGGAAAAGCAGAACAUCGGCGACUUCUUCAAGGGGGGGGUCACGUGUCAUCUGCCUCUGAACCCUGCUGUGCUUGUGAAGGGGGUGGACCUAGAUGCCUGUAAGUUUUACAGCUCCAAUGCUGCACCUCUGGCUGUGCCCUUCAUCAACGCGGAUUCCCUGGGUAGAAAUGUCAACGUCAUCUGUAAGACGGGUGACAACCUGCGGCAGGACAUGCUGGUGCUGCAGGUGGUGCGCUUGAUGGACAGGGUGUGGCUGCAGGAGGGGUUGGACAUGCGCAUGGUCACGUACAGGUGUCUGUCCACUGGCAGAGACCAGGGGCUGGUGGAGGUGGUGCCAGAGGCUGUGACCCUGGGAAAGAUCCAUCAGGAGGGGGGUUUGGGCGGGACCCUACGAGAGGAUACUCUGGAAAAGUGGUUUCACAUGUGGAACAAAACGGAGGAGGGCUAUGAGGAGGCGGUGAUGAACUUCCUGCAUUCCUGUGCAGGCUGGUGCGUGGCCACCUUCAUCCUGGGCAUCUGCGAUCGCCAUAACGACAACAUCAUGCUCAAGCACAGCGGCCACAUGUUCCACAUCGACUUCGGCAAGAUCAUGGGGAACGCGCAGAAAUUUGCCAACAUAAAAAGGGACAGAUCUCCAUUCGUCUUCACCUCCGAGAUGCAGCACUUCAUCACGGGAGGGGGGCAGAUGCCCCAGCGCUUCCACAGGUUCGUGGAGCUGUGCUGCCAGGCCUACAACGGCAUCCGGAGACGCUCGGCGCUGGUGCUCAGCCUGCUGCAGCUGAUGCUGGGGGCUGGAAUGCCGGAGUUGAAGGACACUCAGGAUCUGCAGUACGUCUACAACAACCUGCGUCCCCAGGACUCCGACCUGGAGGCCACCUCUUACUUCACCAGGAAGAUCAGAGAAAGCCUGGGCAGCUUCCCGGUCAAGAUCAACUUCCUGUUUCACACCAUUGCCCAGCCGUCAACCAAGCGUCCAGAGCCCCCCAAACAAGCCCAGACUGCUGCGCAAAAUACCAACAUCCAGGAGGUUGUCAUCCAGAAAUACAUCAUGAGAGGGAAAGACUUGAUGUUUGAAAUGAAGGUGACCAUUGAAGAUGGAUUUCUAAUCAGCGAGAAGACCUUCAGCCAGUUUGAGUUAAUUCACAGAGAACUCCAGAAGCACUUUAUAGAGUCAGCUCUCCCUCAAUUCCCCGCCUGGUACAAGAUGUCUUUCACUCCAGGCAGAAAAAUGUCCCUGCUGAAUAAAUACCUGAAAGAAUUGUUCGCGGGACCCUGUAAAGGUCAUGAAUUUGUGUGCAGUUUGUUUCUGGAUGGUCCCAGGACAGCUACCUCAUUGCGAUCUUCCAAGAAAGACGCUAGCCCUCAGAUCCAGCUCUACAUGACCUACACGGACAAGAAGCUGUUGGUGCUGGUGAAGCAUCUCAAGAAUAUUACCCUGCCCAGCGGCUCCUGUCCCGACUCCUACGUGGUGACACAACUGCACCCCGACCCGUUCGGCAACUCCAAGAAGAAGACCAAGGUUGUCCGCAACAGCGAGAACCCUUCCUUCAACGAACUGAUUGAGUACCCCGGCAUCCCUUCGCUCCAGGGGCGCUUUCUAGUGCUAACGGUGAAGAGCAAGAAGGUCUUCAUCGCAGCUACCAACGUGCGGCUGGACAACGCGUGGAUGGGGAAGGAAGUGUGGUUUCCCCUGGGAAACUGCGCCGUGUGACUGCCGGCCUGACCUGGACUGAG